AAGUGAGAGAAAAAAGGUAAAACGAAUCCAAUGGAAGAAGCCUGAGUUUACUGGGUGCAUAGAGGAGUCAGGUGCGUGGGAGACAACAGCGGAACUGUCUAAUGGGAUUCACGGAGCUGCAACAGGUGUAGCUGAGCCGGGCUGCUGGGACAUUUUGUCACACUCUGCGGAAGGAGUUAGAGGCUCAGACAAGUGAGUGUCUCGGUACCUGCGUACGACUCCCUUCAGGCUGUGGGAAUAAGCCGCUUCCCAAGCUUGAGACUUAACUACUUCAGCAAGACCCCCAAUUCCCAAGGGGAGAAGGGACAGCACAUACCCCCUCUAUCCUCCCUUCCCAGCAUGAAGGACAGCGAUUCGAUAAUGAAAUAUAACAACAAACCCCAGGUAAGGAGCCACAGUUGUCUGGAGAAAAUCAAGUGUCUUUACAACUUGUUACUUCCCAGUUCCACUCGAAUUGAGAAAGGGCAAGAAGGCCGCAUGCAGGACAGCAUCCAGAGCCUUAACGGAUUUGAGGAAGGAGUAGAAUUUCUUCCUGCUACAAACUCCAAGAAAGUUGAGAAAACUGGGCCUAAGAAGAAACUAGCUAUAUUUGGAGUGGUGAUUGGUGCAGCACUCAUCUCUCUCACUAUUGGUCUAUUAGUUUGGCACUUUGCAUACCGCAACGCACCAAUACACAAACUCUACACAGGCUAUUUGACAAUUGCAAAUACCCAGUUCAUUGACGCAUAUGAAAACUCAACAACACCAGAAUUUGCAGAUCUCUCUGCUAAGGUCAUCAAUACGCUCCAAACUGUAUAUAAUGGAAAUAAAGACAUAGCACCCUAUCUCCAACAGUGCAGUAUCAGUGCAUUUAGUGAAGGGAAUGGUAAUAACGUUAUUGGAUAUUACUGGUCUGAAUUUUCUGUGCCUGCUUUCCGCGAGGCAGCCUUUGAGAAAGCCAUAUCAGAAUUCAAACUCCCAAGUGUGGACCCACGUCGGAGAACAUUUGCCGUGGAUUCUAUUGUAGCAUACUCUACAGAUCCUCAGACUACUCGUAUUUUUAGAAACAGCAGCUGUGCGUACUUUCUACACUCCAGUGAUGGAGCUGUGGCAAAAUUUUCUUCUCCUGGGUUCCCUGAUUCACCAUAUCCACGGAAUGCUAGAUGUUUGUGGACUCUGCGUGCAAACGCUGGGCAAAUAAUACAUCUUCAUUUUAAAACUUUUAAAAUGGAGAAAUGCAAAAUCAAUGGAGGGGAUUUUGUGAUGGUGUAUGACUCUCUCAGCCCAAUGGAGCCUCGAGCUCAGAUAAGGCUGUGUGGAAUUUACCCUCCAUCCUACAAUCUUACCUUCUUUUCAUCAUCGAAUGUGAUGUUGGUCACACUGGUUACAGAUAAUGUAGGGAAAUUUCCAGGCUUCCUAGCCGAGUUCAGGCAGCUUCCAAAAAAGUCACUUUGUGGAGGACAUAUCAGAGAUGCCACUGGGGUUAUUACCUCCCCUUACUUCCCAGCAUAUUAUCCUCCCAAAACAGAAUGUAUUUGGGAUAUACAGGUCCCUGGCAAAAAAUUUGUCAAAUUGCGGUUUAAUAUGUUCUACUUGGCAGAGCCGGGUGUGCCUGUUACUAAAUGUACAAAAGACUUUGUGGAGAUUGAAGGUCAAAAAUAUUGUGGGGAGCGGAAAGUUUUUGUUGUUUCAAACAACAGCAGCAAAAUUUCUGUUCGUUUUGUCUCUGACCAGUCAUAUGCUGAUACAGGGUUUACAGCGGACUACCUGUCCUAUGAACCUCGAAAUCCAUGUCCAGACCAAUUCACUUGCAAGACUGGUCGCUGCAUCAGACUGGACCAGAAGUGUGAUGGAUGGAAUGACUGCGAAGACUUCAGUGAUGAAAAGAAAUGCACAUGCACAGCACAGCAGUUCCGCUGCACCGACAGUAAGCUCUGCAAGCCCAGUCACUUUGUCUGCGAUGGAGUGAAUGAUUGUGGAGACAACAGUGAUGAACUCUCAUGCAAAUGCCCUAAUAGCACCUUUAAAUGUGGCAAUGGCAAGUGCAUUCCAGACUCACAAAAGUGUGACCGGACAGAUAACUGUGGGGAUGGCUCUGAUGAAGCAGACUGUGGUCAGGUUCGAACCACUGUUUGUACAGAAUAUACCUACAAAUGCAAGAACAACCAGUGCAUAACUAAAAAGAACCCAGAAUGUGAUGGGGAAAAUGACUGUAUUGAUGGCUCUGAUGAGAACUCUGCUAAAUGCAAUUGUGGUAAACGUCCAUUCACAAAGAAAUCAAGAAUUAUUGGUGGUGUGAAUGCAGAUCUUGGAGAGUUUCCCUGGCAGGUCAGCUUGCAUGUAAAGGGCAGUAAACACACGUGUGGAGCCUCUCUGGCGUCCCCUACCACGUUGAUUUCUGCUGCUCACUGCUUUCAGGAUGAUCAUUCAAUGAGGUAUUCUGAUGCCUCACUGUGGACAGCAUACUUAGGCUUACACGAUCAAGCGCAGCUUAAUACCAAGAAUGUUGUGGAACGCAAGAUAAAACGCAUUAUGGCGCACAUAGGCUUUAAUGAUAAUACUUACGAUAAUGAUAUAGCUGUGCUGGAGCUAGAAAAGCCUGUGGACUAUACUGAUUUUAUCCAGCCCAUCUGUAUUCCAGAAAGCACGCAUGACUUUCCUGUGGGAAAACCUAUAUGGGUGACAGGUUGGGGUGCCUUAAAGGAAGGAGGUGGUGCAGCUGUGAUAUUGCAAAAGGCAGAAAUUCGAGUAAUAAACCAGACUGAAUGUAACAAACUUCUGGAUGGUCAGUUAACCCCCCGCAUGCUGUGUGCUGGCUUUGUCAGUGGAGGAAUUGAUGCGUGCCAGGGAGAUUCCGGAGGUCCCUUAUCAAGUGUGGAUCUUAACAACAAGGUGUACUUGGCUGGAAUUGUCAGUUGGGGAGAAGGAUGUGCACGUAGAAACAAGCCUGGGGUCUACACAAAAGUCUCUAUGAUGAGAGACUGGAUCAAAGAUAAAACUGGCCUGUGAUGGAAAUCCACCAAAUAUGAAUAUACAGAACAUUGGUUUUCUUUUACAUAUUUUUUAAAAUAAUUUUCAGGAGUGUAACGUUAACUGGUUAACAAAUUCUGCAAUAAGACAAGAGGAGGAGCCUUGAGACAAUUCAUACUCAACAUUGUUUUGUUGGACAUGACUUGCCGUUCAUUUGGCACAAGACACUUUCAUACCAAAAAAGGAUUAUACAAUAGAUCAGUUAAAGGAUGGAAAAAUUCUGGAGCAUUCAACCUUUUUACUAAUAGGAAGAAGUGACAAUGAUGCCUCAUAGUAGGACAUGAGAAAAUGCACUCUUAUUUGUAAGUUUCUGAGAAAUAGUGGAGACAAGGAGCUGUAAUAAGGAAGAGCAGUGUAAACCUGAACAUCCCUUUAACUGAACAACAACAAACAAUCCACUGUUUUAUAUGUCAAUGUGAGCUUUCAGAUCAUUUUAUGAAUUUCUAUAAAAUGUUUUUUGAUUUGUAAUUAUAGAAUAUGUCUGUCACUCUAAACCAUUUUGUUACUGAACAUUAUAUAGAACAGUUGAUGAGUUGUAUUUUGGGCAGUGUGUAGGUGUGUGUUUAUAUGUACAGUAUGUUUGUAUGUGCCUUUGCCACUGAAAAUACUAUAGUUUGCCUUAAAUUUGGUUGCACAAUUGGUUUUCUUAAGAUUUAUUAACUUACCUUACUUAUUUUGAUGGGCAAAAGCUGGUUAUUCCCUUAAACAAUUAGGUCUGGUAAGUUGAUCUCUAGAAUUCUUUUUGAGUCAGAAUUCAGAAGUGAAAAAAAAAUUAUUUCAAGACCUCUGUGUGUGUUUGGAUAAAGAUGCAGUUAAUACAAAUGAAGUAAAAUAUUUUUGCUGGCAAGACACAGUGUGCUGGUUUACUGAAUGACAUUGCACUUAUAGAAGUGGUGCGACAAGACCAAGGUUGGCUGCGGUGCAGGACAAUGUUCUUUGCUCCCUUCCUCCUCUGUCCAUAAAACAACACUAACCUCUUCCCAAAGCUCAGGCCCAUGGGCCUUCUAAAACUUCAGUGCCAGGCUUUUUCUGCAUUUGACUUAUGGUCUGCAUGAAUACAGUAUACAGACUAGCAAGGAGCUUUCCAUGCUGUGUGCCUGCUUAUAGAAACUGCCUCUAAAUGCUUGAAAAAAAGUGAUUCGCUUUUACGAGACCCUUAUUGCUGGUGUCCUUUUGUCUCUCUUGUGUAGCUAAUGUAACUUGGAAAAGGCCUCAGCCCGUGCUCUAAGAAAAUAGUUUUAUGUUCUAAACUCAGGGAGUGCUUUCAUACGGAGAAAUAAGUUAUCUAAAGUAUGAUCAGUGUGUUGCAUCUCUAGGCCUAAAAAUAAAUUUGUUAUAGAAAGAUCUAAAACAUACAAUAUGCAAUAUUAGUCAGAGGUCGAUUUUUUUUUUUUUUUUAACAUGUUGUAUAUACAUUUCCAGCAUCUGACACUAAGGGGACAAAACCCAUGUCUUCUUGUGUUUAUAUAAAUGCAAUGUUGUCAAUAUGCAUAAUAUUGGCCAUUUUAAGUUGUAGCACAAAGCCAAACAUUUUAAAGUUAAUAAAAAAGAUAUUGUUAGGACACUAAAUGUGUGUUUUUUUUUUUUUAUACUAUUCAACUUUGUAAAUUUACAUUUUUAAGGAACCGUUUAAAGCAACAGUAACGCCAAAGAAAUGCAAGUGGUUUGAAGUAAUGAAAAUAUAAUGAACUGUUCUGGUGCACUGAUACUGGUGUGCUUGCUUCAGAAACUACUACAAUUUAUAUAAACAACUGUGUGUAGUCGCGAGGGCAACCAUGGAAAAAUUGAAAAAGGAUAAAAAGCACACAAUACACAGCAAAUAACAGAUAAAGCUCUGUAGUAAACAAUGGGAUUCUUCAAAACAUAUCUGCAAUCUAUUGUGUAUCCUGUGCUUCAAUGGCUGCCCCUAUGGUUACACAGCAGCUUGUUUAUAUAAACUAUAGUUAUGUUUCUUUAGCUAACACACCAAUUUUACGAGUUAAGGGCAUCGGUACACUAUUACACAUUUUACUGUUCGUUUAAUUGACUUGCCUGAAAGUUCUCUAAAAGAGCCUAACAUCACAAACCUUUCUCUCUCUAAGGCAGGGGUUCCCAACCUUUUUUUACCCAUGAACCACAUUCAAAUGUAAAAAAAAAUUACAACACAUGCAUGGAACAUGUUCUGGGGUACCACAAAGAGCUGUGAUAGGCUUUUUUAGCCCCAAUGUGAACUGGCAACCUACAGGAGGCUCUGGUUGACGGUCUACCUGGCUUUUAUGCAACCAAAACUUGUCUCCAAACAAGGAAUUAAGCAACAUGUUGCUCACGAGCCACUGGUUGAGGACCACUACUCUAGAGCUCUCUUUGUGAAUACCCUUUGUGUAUUUAUACAGCCAAAAUGUGUUGCUUUGUAGUCAAAAGUAAAGCUCCACCUUCUUUAUUCCUCUUUGCUCCUCUUAACCAGCUGCUCAGUUGGAGAAUCCUGCAACUGCCUGAUGUGUCUGCUUUGUGUGCAGUUUAUGGUUAAACUUGGAUACUUUUCUUCAAGUUUUUCAGACAACUGUAAUGUGAAAAAGUUAUACACAUGCACAUUGAGACCGCUGCAGAGGCAGGUACAUGAAAGGUUUGUUGUAUUGAGCAGGCAGUUGGUAGGAGAACUGCCCUGAGGAAUACAUUGGCUGUAGUCACAGCAGCAGACUUCCACAAGGCAUAUGUGGCCUUGUUGGGCAUUUAGAGAACUUUUUGAACAUUUUUAAUAAAUGUUUUGCUUCUCUUUUAGAAACCUUGGAAAUUAAUGUAAACCUUUAUCCCAUGCUGUAAAAAAAUGUAAGGGUUUGUAACCUGUGGACUCUUUGUAAAUGGUUUCUUCUAAUAUUUUGACUGUGAAUACAAAAUGUUAACAAUUUGAAUCACUGUGAUUCCCAAGUGAGGAUUGGCAUUGCCAAAAUGUGCCUUUUGAGAUAUAUAGAAAUGUUAAGUUAAUAAAGAAAUGUUUGGGAAUGUUACAUAGAUUCUUGUGGUAGUGUGUGUGGACUUUUACUUUCAUUUUUUAAUACUCCAUUAAAAAACGUAUGUGUGGAUGCCAGCUUGUUUAUAACGCAAUAUUUACUGAUAAAAUAAAUCAGAUCUUCAAACAGA